GAAUGCAGAACUCGUGACGUGCAGCAGAAAUCGCACUGCACCCCCCCCACCCCACCCACCUUCCCACAAGAAGUCAUCCACACGGCACGGGGCGCUCAUAGCAACAGUGACUCUGCCAUCCACAAACCGCGCUCAGCUUCAGCACAAAAGUGCGCGGGUCUCGCGUGAUCGGGGUGGCUUCGGAGUGGCGCUUCUCGUGUCUGUCUGGACAAAGUCGCGGGAGCUCGGACUGUUACGAAAUUUGAGGUUCAAUGGAGCUACUUGGCGCAACGAACGCGGCCACGUACGUGCGGUCUCGAGCAGCCAUGGGCCCUUUCUUGCCUUCCAUCAGCACCAUGCGGGCCAGCUACAAGCACCCAGCCGGGUACAACCCCUGCGUGCACUGGCGCCCCGCCAGCUCCUCCGUGGGCAACGGCGCGCGGGUCAUGACCGCCCCGUCGCAUCAGCACCUGCAGAUGCAGCACCCGCGCAUGCCGCCCCUGGCCUCCGCGGGAUCCCCCUCGGCGAGCCGCGCGGCACUCGUCCUGUCGGCUCGCUUCACGCCGCUCGAGUGGCAGCGCGCCAACCAGGGCCACUACUCGCGCUCCGAGGUGUCGCGGCACAACGCCGAGCGCCUGCGCCACGACACGGCGCGCAUGCUGCGCGACGCGGAGCAGGCGACGCGCCGCGUGCAGGCCGAGAGCAGCCGCGGACUGGGCGAGCGCGUGGGCGACAUCUCCUUCUGGAGGGCCGAGCUGAGCCACGAGAUGCAGCGCAGCGUCGCCGAGAUGAACGCGCUGGGCGACAUGAAGAAGCGUGUGGAGCGCGCGCUCGCCGAGACCGAGGGGCCGAUGCAGGUGUGCAAGGAGUGCCUCUACCACCGGGAGAAGCGCAUGGGCAUGGACCUGGUGCACGAUGACGUGGAGAAACAGCUGCUGCAGGAGGUGGACGUGGUGCGGAGGUCCCAGGAGCAAUUGAGAAAUAAGCUGAACAAAAUCAACGCUCAGCUCGUCGCGAGCAGGGCUGCGUACCACGAGCUGGAGCGCGACGCCAGCGACAAGCACAACGCCCUGCGCAUCGACGAGAAGUGCCAGCACCUGGGAAACUCCUCCGAGGGCAUCAGCUUCUUCCGAGGCGUGGAGCAACUGGACCCCGCGAUCUCCGUGCCCGAGUCCUGGGCCAAGUUCACGGAGGACAACAUCGUGCGGUCGCAGUGCGAGCGCGCGGCCUCCUCCAAGCUGCGCGAGGACGUGGAGGCCACGCUGGAGGUGGCCUCGACCAACAUGUGGCAGCAGUUCAACGCCGUCAACGUGGCCUUCACCAACCGUGUCUCCGAGACGGCCGAGACCAAAAACAAGCUGCAGACACACCUGGCGAAGACCAUGCAAGAGAUCUUCCAGACAGAGGUGCUGAUUGAGAACAUCAAGAGAGCCAUCCAGGAGAAGCAGGCGCCCCUGAAGGUGGCUCAGACGCGUCUGGAGGAGCGCAUCCGAAGGCCCAACGUGGAGCUGUGUCGCGAUACCCCACAAGUCAAGCUGAUGGGCGAGGUGCAUGAGCUGCAGGACACCAUCGGCGCGCUCAAGCGACGCAAGGCGGAGGCUGAGUCGGCGCUGCAGGUCCUCGCCUCCACGCGCGCAGCGCUGGAGCACGACCUCGGGGUCAAGGCCAACUCGCUCUUCAUCGACCGCGACAAGUGCAUGGGCAUGCGCCGCAACUUCCCCAGCACUCCCCGCCUCAUCGGCUACGUAUAGCAGCGUCUCGUGGCGACACCCACACCUCCACGCACCCACACCUCCACGCACCCAGACCUCCACGCACCCAGACCUCCACGCACCCAGACCUCCACGCACCCAGACCUCCACGCACCCACACCUCCACGCACCCAGACCUCCACGCACCCAGACCUCCACGCACCCAGACCUCCACGCACCCAGACCUCCACGCACCCAGACCUCCACGCACCCACACCUCCACGCACCCAGACCUCCACGCACCCACACCUCC